UUCUGAAUUACUUUGAAAUCACUUCAAUGAUACCUAAGUAGGUACAUUGAGUUGUGAGUUACGUGAAUGAGAGAUUUUCAAAUCAUCAUUUUAAUUAAUUCCCUUGGUCCACUAUCUUCCGAUUAAAAAAAUGAAACGAUUUUUCUCGUUAUAAAUAGUUGUAGAUAGAUAAUGUUAUUUCAGUUGGUAGUUGGAAUAAAACAACAUGGAUGCCAUUUCUAGUCAAAUUUAUAUAUUUUCAUUUCUCGCUUACAUAAAAUGAAAAAUGUAUUUUCUUUUUUUCUUACAUUUAGUAUUUUUCAAAGACAUUAUGCAUUUCAUAAAGAAUCGUAUUAUGGCGAUCCUUACUCAAUGGAAUAUGUGGGAAAAUUUUCCACCGUAAAUUUGACCAAAGAAGAUAUAUUAUUCGCAGACUAUAUUGUCGAUAUGUUAAGAAAUACAAACUAUUCCACAAUAGAUUUUGAUGCACCCAUGACAUUACCUUCAAGGUUCCGACAUCUAUACGAAACUGGGGUGGAAACAGAAUCCACCAGAAGGUAUGCAACUAUUUCAACAAAAAGUCCCACGAAAGAGAAAAUGUGGGAUCUUCCGCAAAAUGAUAAUCUCCCUGAUACCAAUGAUCUGUAUCCAAUGCCAAACAGUAUUUCGCCUAUAUUCCCAGUAGCAGAUACUAAAAGCUCCAGACUAAUGAAAAAAUCUACCUGUAGUAUUUUAUUAGAUAAACAUGAAAGUAAAUGUCACGAGAGAAUACAAACAAAAAAUGUUGUAUCAUUAUACACGAAAAUGAGUGAAAAUGGGUGGAAAAAUUCGGCAGAAAUAAUGACCCGGAGUAUUGAUAAUAGAAAAAACGAAAAUUUAGCCACUGAAAGAUUUACCACGUAUCAAACAACAGAAAAAUCAAUAAAUAAUACUUUCGAUUUCACCACAACUCGAAAAAGAAGAUCCAUUCCGUACCCAUUGAAUUCAGAUUCUGGACCAUGGCUCACCAGCAAAGAACAAGAACAAAUGUGGGCACUAAGAGGUACAUCCUUAUUAGAUUCUGAAAAAUACGACUAUCCUUUUCCAUAUGAUUUUGAUAAAUGGCCAGGAUGUACAACCAAAGAUUUAAGCGAUCCAAAAAAUACAAUUCAAAUUUACGAAUAUGAAAAUGGUCACGUCAGAGUUGAAGGAAUUUCAAAACCUGGUUGGAACGAAUUUCCGUGGAAGCCGACUGAAUUUACAACUAGGUAUCCUGCAUAUCUACGAUUAAAUAAGUAUUUAACUUUUUUGACCAGACCAUGGUAUGGGUACUAUUCAACAUUGAGUCCAACAAUGUCGAUUAAUUGGAAUAAAAAAACAACUCGAGCGUGGAGUAGGUAUACUUUUGCAAAUAUUUCACGGAAAUCGAAGUACGAUAUAGAAAAAUUGAAAACGUCUCAAAAAUGGAUAGUAGACCUUGGGUCACCUGAUUGGAACAGAACAAUAUUUCCUCCUUCCUCAGUAAAUACAUGGAAAAGAACAUGGUGGGGUGGAGACUGGUAUUUAACAACGGGUAGGCUUUCAAAACUGAAAGCUAAUUCUAGUUAUUUUCGUAAAGCGAAUGCAAGUUCGUCAAAACCAACUCUACAUCCUACAACAUCGCAUGCCUACAUUUCAACUCAAUUGUCUUCUGAUGCUUCAAUGCAACAUGAAAACAAGGAAAGCACAAUUUUACGCCCUCGUAAACCAAUUUCCAGUAAAUCAACCCCCGGUUUUGGAUUUUUAUCCAUAUCACCGACAUGGUACACGUACGUAAAAGAAUUAUCUACCGCAUUUCCUUAUUCUAAUGCCUCAUGGAUAUCUGAAUGGAGCAGAGUGUGGCACGCGGCAGUUUCUAACGCAGCCUCAAAAUCACAAUGGGCACGCACGUGGAAAAACGAAAUUUCUAUCCCCUUAUAUACGUACGCAAAAACAACAUGGUCGCCGCAAUGGUUUCCCAAAGAAUGGUUUAACCAGCGGGAAAAUACCACUACAUCGGUUUGGAGGAGAACUUUUCAUAUGCAAUCAAAUCAGUCACAGUCACCGCUUCGGAGAGGAGGAAAUUUCAAUCAGCGGAAUGUGGAAAACCCCCAAGACUGGAGAACUACAUUUAAACAGAAUAUAGGUGGAUGGUCGCUCCCAGCAUUGACUAAAGCAUGGGCAAACCAAUGGAGCGGGGGGCAAUUGGCUGGACAAGGUAAAAAUCUAUACACCCAACACCCUUAUUAUCAGCAGCCUUAUUCGAAUCAGUGGGAAUCAGGGAGGUGGCCAUCUUCAGGGAGUGGAACAUUUUCCACAAAAUCACGGAGUCCUUGGUCACAACAGUAUGGAGGAGUACCUACCUGGACUGACGGAUGGAAAACUCAAUGGAAUAGGCGGCAGUGGAGUCAAACUCCUUAUACAAAACCAUAUCAAUAUCAACAGUAUUCAAAGCAAUGGAAAGGAGGGCAGUUAACACAAUGGAAUAGGGAAAAUUCACAUCUAUGGAACAAAAAUUGGCCAACAAAACCAUACCAGGAAUAUUCAAAUCAAUGGAAACACGACGUGGCGCUCUCACGGAGUAGGACAUGGUAUACAACGAAGUUACAACAAUCGUACUUGAAUCAGAGAAGACAAAAUGUAAACCAAUGGAAUGCAGGGAAUACCUGGGCGAAACAAUAUACAGGUGGAUGGUCACAAGCACAAGCAUGGACAAGAACAAACGGGCCGUCACUCACAUGGAACAGAAACUUGUACACAAAUUCAUAAGAGAUCACAAUAACCACGAAUGAUGACAUGUGUUUUAAUUUUAUGCAUAUUUUGUCGUUUUCAUUCAUAAUCACUCAUAAAUAUACGUUUCCAGUUCUGCAAAUUUCUCACUUG